AUGCGAUCCAAUGGGGAAACGAAGCGAUUUGUUCUUCUCAUCGUAAGCAAUCUCACUCGUUGCAUUCAACGGUAUUGUUGUGUGUCAAUUGGAACAGCCGUAUGCGGCGAUGGUGGAUCUUUGGUCCAUCAUGGUUACCAAAAAGCAUCCGUCGAAUACUACUGCAACUACAACCCAGGCUGCGAUUGUCACACCUCAGAGGCGUCGAAACGACCCUUCCCUCUCCGAACGAAAGAUUCGAGCGACUACGAUCAAGAAGAAGAUGCAGCAUUGGUGCCAACCGAUCGCAAGGAGAGUUUGGACGAAGAUGGCGCAUCUUUCAAUCCACCACCACGAACACUCAACGGGAUCAGACUUACAGUGCCAGACUAG